AUGAAGGCGAAUGCCCGGGAGCGCAACCGCAUGCACGGCCUGAACGCGGCCCUGGACAACCUGCGGAAGGUGGUGCCCUGCUACUCCAAGACGCAGAAGCUCUCCAAGAUCGAGACUCUGCGCCUGGCCAAGAACUACAUCUGGGCGCUCUCCGAGAUCCUGCGUUCGGGCAAGAGCCCCGACCUGGUCUCCUUCGUGCAGACCCUCUGUAUUACUCUUGAUUGUAUUGCUAAUUCUCCUUUUUAUUUUUUUUCUUUUUUCUCCCCUGCAGGUGAUUCCAGUAUGGUUUCACAGGCCCAAGAGGAGAUCAUCGAAAUCAAAGAUGUAUUUUCUGUAAAAUUGAAACGUCGUCGUUUUGCAGGGCAGAAAAAAGGUGGUACUUUGUUGGGUAUCACGGUUUUUAAAUGCUUGAAUAAAGAAGCAAAUAAGCUAACAGACUGUGCUAUCCAUUUUAAUAACUUAAGUGAAGAUCAUUGUCAUUUAUGGUUUAGACAUCUAAAAGAAAUUUUGAAUGGCUUUCAGAAUAGACCAAAAUCUUUAAAAGUGUUUGUUAAUCCAAGCAGCCACAAAAGAGAAGCCGCUCAUGUUUAUUUUGAACAAGUUGCACCUCUUUUUAAGCUUGCUGACAUAAAAACUGAUGUCACACUAACUGAAUAUGAAGGACAUGCUCUCUUGGUACUUAAAGAAUGUGACCUCCAGGCAUUUGAUGGGGUAGUUUGCGUUGGUGGAGAUGGAUCUGUCAGUGAAGUUGCUCAUGGUCUACUGCUUAAAGCCCAGAUAGAUGCUGGAAAAGACACAGACUAUGUACGAUCGCCUGUCAGAGCACCAGUUCCUCUUGGAGUAAUACCCGCAGGUACCUCUAAUAUUUUGGCCCACACUCUCUAUGGCAUUAAGCAUGCAGUGACUGCAACGUUGCACAUUGUAAUGGGACAUAUUCAACCAGUAGAUGUCUGCAGUUUCAGUACUCCAAGCAAGCUUUUGCGGUUUGGGUUCUCAGCUAUGUUUGGCUUUGGUGCCAGGACUCUGGCCUUAGCUGAAAAGCACCGUUGGAUGCCCUCCAACCAGCGGAAGGAUUUUGCUUUUAUCAAAACACUGGCAGAUCUCAAACCAGAGGAAUGUGAAUUGUCAUUUCUACCUCUACAGAUUCCACAGGAAGACUCUCAUGAGAAUGACAGGAAGAAGAAAGAGAAAAUUAGAAAAAAGGGUAGCAAGGAUCAAUGGCAGAAAAUUCAGGGCCACUUCCUGAAUGUGAGCAUUAUGGCAAUCCCUUGUCUGUGUUCAAUGGCACCAAGAGGCUUGGCACCUAAUACGAGGUUGAAUAAUGGCAGCAUGGCUCUAAUUGUUGUACAAAAUACUUCUCGAACAGAGUUUAUAAAACACCUGAAAAGAUAUGCCAGUGUAAAAAAUCAGUUCAAUUUUCCCUUCAUUGAGACCUACACCAUUCAAGAAGUAAAAGUACAGCCAAGGGGUAAAAGUGGGCUUGAUGACAAAGAAAACACAUCUUUGAAUGCUGCUUCUGCAGAAGGAAAUUACCCUUGGAAUAUAGAUGGAGACUUAAUGGAAGAAGCAUCAGAAGUUCAUGUUCGGGUGCAUCCUCAACUUAUUAAUCUCUAUGGAGUGAACACCGAUGACCUGGAGAGUUCCCAAGCAACAUGCAGUUGCAUAUAGAAGGGACACACUGCAAGUUCUGUAUGACAGGAACCUUUUCUCACUUUUAUGCACAGCUUUCCAGGGUCCCAGUCUUUCACUCACUGAAUUCAGUUCUUGUAGCAGAA